UUCAAAAUUCUUUGCAAGUCAUCCAUUCAUAGACAGUCGAGGAGCGAGCUCCUCCUCCUCCUCCCUCCCGCAGAGACGAGGGAAAAUGUGCAAGUGUUGUUCUCUUCCAUCACUACCGUUUAAGAUGCGCAACACUUGGAUCUGAGCAGAAAUAAUCCAAUUGACAUCUGGGGUGCUUGUCGCCUCUCAUCACUGUGAUGCCACGAUGGAUUGGCAGAGCGACAACCUCACCGAGCUCCCUCCGGAGAAGCUGCAGCCUGACGAAAACGAGCCCCGGGACGAGCGCUUGGCUCGAGUGGAAGUCGCGCUCCUCUCCGUCAUCUUCAUCACAGCCGGAGCCCUCAACUCGGGACUCUUGCUGGUGUUGUGGAAGACAAGGAAGCAGCUGUCCAGGAUGCGCGUGUUUGUCUUCCACCUGUGCGUCGCCGACUUGGUGGUUGUCUUUUUCCAAGUUUGCCCGCAGCUCAUCUGGGACAUUACUGACCGCUUUGUGGGCCCAGACGUGCUGUGUCGCGCAGUGAAGUACCUGCAGGUUGUCGGUAUGUUUGCCUCCACUUACAUGAUUGUGGCAAUGACCGUGGACCGAUAUCAAGCAAUCUGCCAUCCCAUGGUCACCUUUCGGAGGCACCGUGCACGCUGGAACGGGAUCGUAAGCGCCGCCUGGUGCGUCUCCUUUCUCGGCGGCAUCCCACAGCUGUUCAUUUUCUCCCGCCUCGAAGUGGCUCCGGGCGUGUAUGACUGCUGGGCCAUAUUUGUCACUCCGUGGGGCUUGAGGGCAUACGUGACGUGGACCACUUUGGUCAUCUUCAUCUUGCCCGUUCUCUCCGUGAUUGUGUGCCAAGUGCGUGUUUGUCACGCCGUGUACUCUUCCAACCUUCGCCUCAAGUCGCAGUACGUUCUGGAAGAGGACGUAAGCAAUGUGGUGAUAUCUGCCGGGGCUGGAUUGUCCAAGGCAAGGACCAAAACUGUGAAAAUGACCCUGGUCAUUGUGCUCACCUACAUCAUCUGCUGGACGCCUUUCUUCACCGUGCAACUGUGGUCUGUGUGGGACCAAGAGGCGCCCAUGGAAAAUCCAACCUUCACCAUCUUGAUGCUCCUAGCCAGUCUUAAUAGCUGCGCCAACCCUUGCAUCUACAUGCUGUUCAGUGCCAAGUUUCCCAAGAAGUUGACGGGCCUGUUUUCCAGAGGCCACAAAUCUCAUCGGCGUGCAACAACGCAGGAAGAACCAAUCAUGGUCAGUUCCCUUUUCAUCAAUCUCAAGAACCUGACAGGUUCCAAACAUUUAUCUGCCUCACCCACCUUUCUAGCAGAACAACAACUGAGAAGACUAUUUUUUGCGGAAUCAUGAACAUACUGUAGAUGUGCUCAUUCAUGCAGCAGAACUCAAUGUUGUAAAUAAUAAUACGUUUUAUUUAUAAGGGUGCCUGCCUUUCAAGGCACUCAAGGUCAAAUGUAGCGUUCUUGUAAGUCCAACUGACACAGAGGGAGAUGGUGAUGAUCGCAGGUCCUCAGGAA